GCGGAUGGGAGAAAUCGGACAGCUCCGUGGUGCUGAAACAUUAAGCGAUAAACGCGAUCGUCCUUUCUCUGUGUAUAUACAUUCUCGAAACUGAAAUGAUAUGAAUAUGCUUGAGAUCGGGGACGUGAAUGAAAAUGAAGAUUUGAAUAUCGCUGGAAAUUUACAUUAUAUUGACUAAACUGCGGUGAUCCAACACACAACAAUGGGGUCCUUUGUAACAAAGGGGACUUGCAAAAGGUACGUGCUGCUCGUUAUUCUUCUUUCUUGCUUUAAUCACAUAUCGACUUCAGUGACUCAUUAUUCAAUACCCGAGGAGAUGAAAGAAGGAUCAGUCGUCGCUAAUCUCGCUACCGAUCUCGGACUGGAUAUAAAAACACUGAAUCAGAGGAAGAUGCGUCUCGACAUCAUUGCAAAUAAGAAAUAUCUGGAUGUGAACAAAGAGACUGGUGAACUGUAUAUUGUUGAGAAGAUCGACAGGGAAUAUCUCUGCCCUGCAAAGUCGUCUUGCUAUCUCAGACUGGAAGUGAUACUAGAAAACCCAGUACGAAUCUUUAAUAUAGAAGUAGAAAUUCUGGAUAUGAACGACAACGCCCCACAGUUUCGACGAGACGUCAUUCAUUUAGAUAUAUCUGAAGCAACACCAAAAGGAGAGAGAUUCUCUCUCAGUAAUGCAGUUGAUCCUGAUGUUGGAAGCAAUUCAGUGAAAACCUACCAUCUGAGUGAGAGUGACCAUUUUAAUAUUGAAGUGCAGACUGGAAGAGAUGGGUCUAAAUUUGCAGAAUUAAUCUUAACUAAGACUUUAGAUCGAGAGCAGCAGGCUGUUCAUAAUUUAAUACUCACAGCUGUAGAUGGAGGAACACCUGCUCGAUCUGGCACUGCAAGUGUUAUUGUUCGUGUUUUAGACACAAAUGAUAACGCUCCUGCUUUUGACAAAGCGAGUUAUAAUAUAAAGAUAAUGGAAAAUUCUCCCAUUGGCAGCCUCGUUGUUCAUCUCAAUGCAACAGAUUUAGAUGAAGGGUCAAAUUCUGAUGUAACAUACUCAUACAGUUUAUAUACGUCAGAGAAAACACAAGAAACAUUUCAUCUGAAUCCUUCCACUGGUGAAAUUACUGUUAAAGGAAUGUUAAAUUAUGAAGACUUCAAGAUUUAUGAUAUGGAAGUUAUAGCAACUGAUAAAGGAGCCACUGCAUUAUCAGGACAAUGUACUAUAAAGAUUGUUGUUGAAGACAUGAAUGACAACCACCCAGAAAUAUCUAUUAAAUCAUUUCAGAGUCCAGUCAAUGAAAACAUAGAAUUAGACACAGUGAUAGCAGUAGUUAGUGUCAGUGAUAAAGACUCAGGUGACAAUGGAGUGGUUGAUCUUCAUAUUCCAGAUAAUAUGCCUUUCAAACUGAGGGAAUCCUCUGAUAACUAUUAUGAAUUAGUAGUGUCAGAGCCAUUAGACCGCGAGAAGGUCCCGGAAUAUGACGUCACUUUCACGGUGACAGACAGAGGUUCUCCUCCUUUAUCUGACAAUGAAACUAUGACGUUAGAGCUGCUGGAUGUUAAUGACAAUGUUCCACAGUUCCCUCAGUCAUUUUAUACUAUCCGUGUGAUGGAGAAUAACGCACCUGGAGCCUUGCUCAGUUCACUCACUGCGUUUGACCCUGACCUCCAUGAAAACCAGUAUCUAGUUUAUUUCAUCCUAGAGAAGGAGAUAGCCAACACCUCCAUGUCCAUGCUGUUCUCCAUCAAUCCAGAGAACGGGAAUCUUUACGCACUGAAAACUUUUGACUAUGAGAUCGAGAAGGAGUUUCUUUUCCACAUCGAGGCCAGAGACUCUGGCUCUCCUCCACUCAGCAGCAACGUCACGGUCCACAUCAUUAUUGUGGACCAGAACGACAACGCUCCGGUUAUUGUGUCUCCGUGGCGCGCGCACGGCUCGGUGGUGGAGGAAAAGAUCCCCAGAUCCACCGAUAAAGGCUCUCUGGUUGCCAAGGUGAUAGCCUUGGACACCGACUCGGUGCACAACUCUCGGAUUACCUACCAGUUUCUACAGGUGACUGACGCCACCUUGUUCAGUCUGGACCAAUACAACGGAGAGAUCCGGACUAUGAGGAUGUUCAGUUACAGAGAUCCGCGUCACCAGAGACUGGUUGUUGUUGCCAAGGACAACGGGGAGCCUGCUCUCUCUGCUACAGUCACCAUCAAGCUGUCCACGAUGGAGACUGCCGUUAAGGCCUACUCUGACAUGACUGAGGUGCCUCUAGAAUAUGACAUCUUCUCAGACCUCAACCUGUAUUUGGUCAUCGGUCUGGGCUCGGUGUCAUUUCUCCUGCUCAUCACCAUAUUGGUCACCAUCGUGCUCAAGUGUCAGAAACCCAAGCCCAGCAAAGCGGCUCCUCCCUGCAGGAACAGUGUGAUCAGUGAGAGGAACUCCACCAUCGCAGAUUCCACUCUGGUCUCCAACGAUGCCUACUGGUACAGUCUGUUUCUAGCAGAGACCAGGAAAGGAAAGCUGGUGGUUAGACAGCCUGUGCCAAAGGGCUCCAGAUACAUCGUGUCCAGUAUACCGAGAGGGACAGGACUCACAGACACUAGUGACUCAGCACCAUCCACUCUGCAGGUGAGAGUCCUCUGUACACAUUUCUCUAUACAUAUAUCAAUACUGAGUGACGUUUUGAUUUACAUCAUAGUUUUAGAGGUAAAAAUGUCCAUCACUUUAGCGCAUAAAUAUUAUAAUAUGCCUUUCAAACUGAGGGAAUCCUCUGAUAACUAUUAUGAAUUAGUAGUGUCAGAGCCAUUAGACCGCGAGAAGGUCCCAGAAUAUGACGUCACUUUCACGGUGACAGACAGAGGUUCUCCUCCUUUAUCUGACAAUGAAACUAUGACGUUAGAGCUGCUGGAUGUUAAUGACAAUGUUCCACAGUUCCCUCAGUCAUUUUAUACUAUCCGUGUGAUGGAGAAUAACGCACCUGGAGCCUUGCUCAGUUCACUCACUGCGUUUGACCCUGACCUCCAUGAAAACCAGUAUCUAGUUUAUUUCAUCCUAGAGAAGGAGAUAGCCAACACCUCCAUGUCCAUGCUGUUCUCCAUCAAUCCAGAGAACGGGAAUCUUUACGCACUGAAAACUUUUGACUAUGAGAUCGAGAAGGAGUUUCUUUUCCACAUCGAGGCCAGAGACUCUGGCUCUCCUCCACUCAGCAGCAACGUCACGGUCCACAUCAUUAUUGUGGACCAGAACGACAACGCUCCGGUUAUUGUGUCUCCGUGGCGCGCGCACGGCUCGGUGGUGGAGGAAAAGAUCCCCAGAUCCACCGAUAAAGGCUCUCUGGUUGCCAAGGUGAUAGCCUUGGACACCGACUCGGUGCACAACUCUCGGAUUACCUACCAGUUUCUACAGGUGACUGACGCCACCUUGUUCAGUCUGGACCAAUACAACGGAGAGAUCCGGACUAUGAGGAUGUUCAGUUACAGAGAUCCGCGUCACCAGAGACUGGUUGUUGUUGCCAAGGACAACGGGGAGCCUGCUCUCUCUGCUACAGUCACCAUCAAGCUGUCCACGAUGGAGACUGCCGUUAAGGCCUACUCUGACAUGACUGAGGUGCCUCUAGAAUAUGACAUCUUCUCAGACCUCAACCUGUAUUUGGUCAUCGGUCUGGGCUCGGUGUCAUUUCUCCUGCUCAUCACCAUAUUGGUCACCAUCGUGCUCAAGUGUCAGAAACCCAAGCCCAGCAAAGCGGCUCCUCCCUGCAGGAACAGUGUGAUCAGUGAGAGGAACUCCACCAUCGCAGAUUCCACUCUGGUCUCCAACGAUGCCUACUGGUACAGUCUGUUUCUAGCAGAGACCAGGAAAGGAAAGCUGGUGGUUAGACAGCCUGUGCCAAAGGGCUCCAGAUACAUCGUGUCCAGUAUACCGAGAGGGACAGGACUCACAGACACUAGUGACUCAGCACCAUCCACUCUGCAGGGUGCUGUGAAACCGGACAGAACAAUGGGGCCGUUUGUGACAGUGCAGUGUUGCCAAAGGUACGUGCUGCUCGUUAUUCUUCUUUCGUUUGUUCCUAAUAUAUCGACUUCAGUGACUCAUUAUUCAAUACCCGAGGAGAUGAAAGAAGGAUCAGUCGUCGCUAAUCUCGCUACCGAUCUCGGCCUGGAUGUUAAAACAUUGAAUCAGAGGAAGAUGCGUCUCGACAUUAUUGCAAAUAAGAAAUAUCUGGACGUGAACAAAGAGACUGGUGAACUGUACGUUGUGGAGAAGAUCGACAGGGAAAGUAUUUGCCCUACAAAGUCAUUAGCAUCUUGCUAUCUCAGACUGGAAGUAAUACUUGAAAAUCCACUACGAAUCUUUAAUAUUGAAGUAGAAAUAUUAGAUAUGAACGACAACGCCCCACAAUUUCGACGGGACGCCAUACAUUUAGAUAUAUCUGAAGCAACACCAAAAGGAGAGAGAUUCUCUCUCAGUAAUGCAGUUGAUCCUGAUGUUGGAAGCAAUUCAGUAAAAACCUACCAUCUGAGUGAAAGUGACCAUUUUAAUAUUGAAGUGCAGACUGGAAGAGAAGGGUCGAAAUUUGCUGAUUUGAUAUUGAAAAAGGCUUUAGAUCGAGAGCAGCAGGCUGUUCAUAAUUUAAUACUCACAGCUGUAGAUGGAGGAACACCUGCUCGAUCUGGCACUGCAAGUGUUAUUGUGCAUGUUUUAGACACAAAUGAUAACGCUCCUGCUUUUGACAAAGCGAGUUAUAAUAUAAAGAUAAUGGAAAAUUCUCCCAUUGGCAGCCUCGUUGUUCAUCUCAAUGCAACAGAUUUAGAUGAAGGGUCAAAUUCUGAUGUAACAUACUCAUACAGUUUAUAUACAUCAGAGAAAACACAAGAAACAUUUCAUCUGAAUCCUUCCACUGGUGAAAUUACUGUUAAAGGAAUGUUAAAUUAUGAAGACUUCAAGAUUUAUGACAUGGAAGUUAUAGCAACUGAUAAAGGAGCCACUGCAUUAUCAGGACAAUGUACUAUAAAGAUUGUGGUUGAAGACAUGAAUGACAACCACCCAGAAAUAUCUAUUAAAUCAUUUCAGAGUCCAGUCAAUGAAAACAUAGAAUUAGACACAGUGAUAGCAGUAGUUAGUGUCAGUGAUAAAGACUCAGGUGACAAUGGAGUGGUUGAUCUUCAUAUUCCAGAUAAUAUGCCUUUCAAACUGAGGGAAUCCUCUGAUAACUAUUAUGAAUUAGUAGUGUCAGAGCCAUUAGACCGCGAGAAGGUCCCGGAAUAUGACGUCACUUUCACGGUGACAGACAGAGGUUCUCCUCCUUUAUCUGACAAUGAAACUAUGACGUUAGAGCUGCUGGAUGUUAAUGACAAUGUUCCACAGUUCCCUCAGUCAUUUUAUACUAUCCGUGUGAUGGAGAAUAACGCACCUGGAGCCUUGCUCAGUUCACUCACUGCGUUUGACCCUGACCUCCAUGAAAACCAGUAUCUAGUUUAUUUCAUCCUAGAGAAGGAGAUAGCCAACACCUCCAUGUCCAUGCUGUUCUCCAUCAAUCCAGAGAACGGAAAUCUUUACGCACUGAAAACUUUUGACUAUGAGAUCGAGAAGGAGUUUCUUUUCCACAUCGAGGCCAGAGACUCUGGCUCUCCUCCACUCAGCAGUAACGUCACGGUCCACAUCAUUAUUGUGGACCAGAACGACAACGCUCCGGUUAUUGUGUCUCCGUGGCGCGCGCACGGCUCGGUGGUGGAGGAAAAGAUCCCCAGAUCCACCGAUAAAGGCUCUCUGGUUGCCAAGGUGAUAGCCUUGGACACCGACUCGGUGCACAACUCUCGGAUUACCUACCAGUUUCUACAGGUGACUGACGCCACCUUGUUCAGUCUGGACCAAUACAACGGAGAGAUCCGGACUAUGAGGAUGUUCAGUUACAGAGAUCCGCGUCACCAGAGACUGGUUGUUGUUGCCAAGGACAACGGGGAGCCUGCUCUCUCUGCUACAGUCACCAUCAAGCUGUCCACGAUGGAGACUGCCGUUAAGGCCUACUCUGACAUGACUGAGGUGCCUCUAGAAUAUGACAUCUUCUCAGACCUCAACCUGUAUUUGGUCAUCGGUCUGGGCUCGGUGUCAUUUCUCCUGCUCAUCACCAUAUUGGUCACCAUCGUGCUCAAGUGUCAGAAACCCAAGCCCAGCAAAGCGGCUCCUCCCUGCAGGAACAGUGUGAUCAGUGAGAGGAACUCCACCAUCGCAGAUUCCACUCUGGUCUCCAACGAUGCCUACUGGUACAGUCUGUUUCUAGCAGAGACCAGGAAAGGAAAGCUGGUGGUUAGACAGCCUGUGCCAAAGGGCUCCAGAUACAUCGUGUCCAGUAUACCGAGAGGGACAGGACUCACAGACACUAGUGACUCCGCACCAUCCACUCUGCAGAGACUCUCUGUAAAAACGAACUCAAUCGCAACAUCGGUGGAUAUAUGUUUUAUAGUAACCGGCUUUCUGCGUGCGGUGAACAGUGGAACAAUAAUGCGGCCCGGUGUAACAAUGCUUUCAGGGAAAAGGUACGUGGCGCUUGUGAUUCUCUUCUCCUUUGUAAACCAUGUAACUGCCUCAGUGACUCAUUAUUCCAUACCCGAGGAGAUGAAAGAAGGAUCAGUCGUUGCUAACCUUGCAAGCGAUCUCAGUCUGGAUGUUAAAACACUGAAUCAGAGGAAGAUGCGUCUCGACCUCAUCGCUAAUAAGAAAUAUCUGGAUGUGAACAAAGAGACUGGUGAACUGUACGUUGUGGAGAAGAUUGACAGGGAAUAUCUUUGUAUAAAAAUGCUGACAUCAUGCUACUUGAAGAUGGAAGUUAUACUUGAAAAUCCUUUGCGAAUAUUUAACAUAGAAGUAGAAAUUCUGGAUAUGAAUGACAACGCCCCACAGUUUCGACGAGACGCCAUUCAUUUAGAUAUAUCUGAAGCAACACCUGCUGGGGAGAGAUUCUCACUGAGCAACGCUGUUGAUCCUGAUGUUGGGAGCAAUUCAGUAAAAACGUACCACCUGAGUGAGAGUGAACAUUUUACUAUUGAAGUGCAAACUGGAAGAGAUGGGUCUAAAUUUGCCGAAUUAAUCUUAACUAAGACUUUAGACCGAGAGCAGCAGGCUGUUCAUAAUUUAAUACUCACAGCUGUAGAUGGAGGAACACCUGCUCGAUCUGGCACUGCAAGUGUUAUUGUUCAUGUUUUGGACACAAAUGAUAACGCUCCUGCUUUUGACAAAGCGAGUUAUAAUAUAAAAAUAAUGGAAAAUUCUCCCAUUGGCAGCCUCGUUGUUCAUCUCAAUGCAACAGAUUUAGAUGAAGGGUCAAAUUCUGAUGUAACAUACUCAUACAGUUUAUAUACAUCAGAGAAAACACAAGAAACAUUUCAUCUGAAUCCUUCCACUGGUGAAAUUACUGUUAAAGGAAUGUUAAAUUAUGAAGACUUCAAGAUUUAUGACAUGGAAGUUAUAGCAACUGAUAAAGGAGCCACUGCAUUAUCAGGACAAUGUACUAUAAAGAUUGUGGUUGAAGACAUGAAUGACAACCACCCAGAAAUAUCUAUUAAAUCAUUUCAGAGUCCAGUCAAUGAAAACAUAGAAUUAGACACAGUGAUAGCAGUAGUUAGUGUCAGUGAUAAAGACUCAGGUGACAAUGGAGUGGUUGAUCUUCAUAUUCCAGAUAAUAUGCCUUUCAAACUGAGGGAAUCCUCUGAUAACUAUUAUGAAUUAGUAGUGUCAGAGCCAUUAGACCGCGAGAAGGUCCCGGAAUAUGACGUCACUUUCACGGUGACAGACAGAGGUUCUCCUCCUUUAUCUGACAAUGAAACUAUGACGUUAGAGCUGCUGGAUGUUAAUGACAAUGUUCCACAGUUCCCUCAGUCAUUUUAUACUAUCCGUGUGAUGGAGAAUAACGCACCUGGAGCCUUGCUCAGUUCACUCACUGCGUUUGACCCUGACCUCCAUGAAAACCAGUAUCUAGUUUAUUUCAUCCUAGAGAAGGAGAUAGCCAACACCUCCAUGUCCAUGCUGUUCUCCAUCAAUCCAGAGAACGGGAAUCUUUACGCACUGAAAACUUUUGACUAUGAGAUCGAGAAGGAGUUUCUUUUCCACAUCGAGGCCAGAGACUCUGGCUCUCCUCCACUCAGCAGCAACGUCACGGUCCACAUCAUUAUUGUGGACCAGAACGACAACGCUCCGGUUAUUGUGUCUCCGUGGCGCGCGCACGGCUCGGUGGUGGAGGAAAAGAUCCCCAGAUCCACCGAUAAAGGCUCUCUGGUUGCCAAGGUGAUAGCCUUGGACACCGACUCGGUGCACAACUCUCGGAUUACCUACCAGUUUCUACAGGUGACUGACGCCACCUUGUUCAGUCUGGACCAAUACAACGGAGAGAUCCGGACUAUGAGGAUGUUCAGUUACAGAGAUCCGCGUCACCAGAGACUGGUUGUUGUUGCCAAGGACAACGGGGAGCCUGCUCUCUCUGCUACAGUCACCAUCAAGCUGUCCACGAUGGAGACUGCCGUUAAGGCCUACUCUGACAUGACUGAGGUGCCUCUAGAAUAUGACAUCUUCUCAGACCUCAACCUGUAUUUGGUCAUCGGUCUGGGCUCGGUGUCAUUUCUCCUGCUCAUCACCAUAUUGGUCACCAUCGUGCUCAAGUGUCAGAAACCCAAGCCCAGCAAAGCGGCUCCUCCCUGCAGGAACAGUGUGAUCAGUGAGAGGAACUCCACCAUCGCAGAUUCCACUCUGGUCUCCAACGAUGCCUACUGGUACAGUCUGUUUCUAGCAGAGACCAGGAAAGGAAAGCUGGUGGUUAGACAGCCUGUGCCAAAGGGCUCCAGAUACAUCGUGUCCAGUAUACCGAGAGGGACAGGACUCACAGACACUAGUGACUCAGCACCAUCCACUCUGCAGGUAACAGACGACCAUUUUAUUUCCGACCAAAACGGAGCAAUGAUCAUGGAUUUAAAAUUUCGCGACUGGCUUUGGAGGAGGUAUGUCUCGCCACUGAUUUUCUUAUGUGCAGUUUUCUCUGCUACAUCUGCCGUUAUGCACUAUUCAAUUCCCGAAGAAAUGGAGCAGGGAUCUGUUGUUGCUAAUCUAGCACUGGAUUUGGGUCUGGGCGAUGCAAAAGCCCUUGGUCAUCGUAAAAUGAGACUGGAUGUCAUCGCUAAUAAGAGAUAUCUUGAAAUCAACAAAGAAACGGGGAAGCUAUUCGUUGCUGAAAAGAUUGACCGGGAACAGCUAUGCAACAGCAAGAAUCCAUCGUGUUUUCUGAAAAUGGAUGUAACAAUAGAAAAUCCGAUUCGACUGUUUAACAUUGAGGUUGAGAUAACGGACAUCAACGACAAUGCCCCUCAUUUUCGCAGAGACACAAUGCAUUUGGACAUAUCGGAGUCAACCUCGUCGGGGGAGCGCUUUUCACUAACCAAUGCUAUAGAUCCCGAUUUUGGAUCGAACUCAGUAAAAACAUAUCAUCUUAGUGAAAGUGAAUAUUUUGACAUUGAGAUUCAGACCGGUAGAGAUGGCUCAAAGUUUGCUGAUCUGAUUCUGAAAAAAGCUUUAGACAGAGAGCAGCAGGCUGUUCAUAAUCUAAUACUGACUGCUGUGGAUGGGGGCGCGCCCACGCGCACAGGUACAGCCAGCAUCAUUGUUCGAGUGCUUGAUGUCAACGACAACGCCCCUAAAUUUAAAAAAGACAAAUACAAAGUAGAUGUGAUGGAAAACUCCCCGAUUGGCAGUCUAAUAAUAAAACUGAACGCCACUGAUUUAGAUGAAGGGUCAAAUUCUGAAAUAGUUUAUUCAUAUAGUUUAUAUACAUCAGAGAGAACACAACAGAUGUUUAACUUGAAUCCAGAAAAUGGUGAAAUCAGAGUGAAAGAGAUGAUAAAUUAUGAAGAUGUUAAACUUUAUGAAAUGGAGGUUAUAGCCAGAGAUAAGGGGCCUAACUCCUUAUCUGGACAGUGUAAACUGACAAUACAGGUGACAGAUAUGAAUGAUAAUCAUCCAGAAAUAUCCAUCAAAUCAUUUCAGAGUCCUAUAAAAGAAAACGAACCAAUAGACACAGUGAUAGCAGUAGUUAGUGUCAGUGAUAAAGACUCAGGUGACAAUGGAGUGGUUGAUCUUCAUAUUCCAGAUAAUAUGCCUUUCAAACUGAGGGAAUCCUCUGAUAACUAUUAUGAAUUAGUAGUGUCAGAGCCAUUAGACCGCGAGAAGGUCCCAGAAUAUGACGUAACUUUCACAGUGACAGACAGAGGUUCUCCUCCUUUAUCUGACAAUGAAACUAUGACGUUAGAGCUGCUGGAUGUUAAUGACAAUGUUCCACAGUUCCCUCAGUCAUUUUAUACUAUCCGUGUGAUGGAGAAUAACGCACCUGGAGCCUUGCUCAGUUCACUCACUGCGUUUGACCCUGACCUCCAUGAAAACCAGUAUCUAGUUUAUUUCAUCCUAGAGAAGGAGAUAGCCAACACCUCCAUGUCCAUGCUGUUCUCCAUCAAUCCAGAGAACGGAAAUCUUUACGCACUGAAAACUUUUGACUAUGAGAUCGAGAAGGAGUUUCUUUUCCACAUCGAGGCCAGAGACUCUGGCUCUCCUCCACUCAGCAGUAACGUCACGGUCCACAUCAUUAUUGUGGACCAGAACGACAACGCUCCGGUUAUUGUGUCUCCGUGGCGCGCGCACGGCUCGGUGGUGGAGGAAAAGAUCCCCAGAUCCACCGAUAAAGGCUCUCUGGUUGCCAAGGUGAUAGCCUUGGACACCGACUCGGUGCACAACUCUCGGAUUACCUACCAGUUUCUACAGGUGACUGACGCCACCUUGUUCAGUCUGGACCAAUACAACGGAGAGAUCCGGACUAUGAGGAUGUUCAGUUACAGAGAUCCGCGUCACCAGAGACUGGUUGUUGUUGCCAAGGACAACGGGGAGCCUGCUCUCUCUGCUACAGUCACCAUCAAGCUGUCCACGAUGGAGACUGCCGUUAAGGCCUACUCUGACAUGACUGAGGUGCCUCUAGAAUAUGACAUCUUCUCAGACCUCAACCUGUAUUUGGUCAUCGGUCUGGGCUCGGUGUCAUUUCUCCUGCUCAUCACCAUAUUGGUCACCAUCGUGCUCAAGUGUCAGAAACCCAAGCCCAGCAAAGCGGCUCCUCCCUGCAGGAACAGUGUGAUCAGUGAGAGGAACUCCACCAUCGCAGAUUCCACUCUGGUCUCCAACGAUGCCUACUGGUACAGUCUGUUUCUAGCAGAGACCAGGAAAGGAAAGCUGGUGGUUAGACAGCCUGUGCCAAAGGGCUCCAGAUACAUCGUGUCCAGUAUACCGAGAGGGACAGGACUCACAGACACUAGUGACUCAGCACCAUCCACUCUGCAGGUGAGAGUCCUCUGUACACAUUUCUCUAUACAUAUAUCAAUACUGAGUGACGUUUUGAUUUACAUCAUAGUUUUAGAGGUAAAAAUGUCCAUCACUUUAGCGCAUAAAUAUUGUAAAUUAAUCUGA